AUGUUAUCACGGCGUCUUAGUGCGUUAUCCAUUCGUAAAAUAUGCGGCAAGCAACUAGUUUAUGCGGAAUACGGAGAUCCAGUUAAGGUGCUCAAGCUUCAAACAAUUGAUUUGCCUGACACUCCGCCAAGUGGACAUGUACACGUGAAAUGGAUUGCAUCUCCUAUCAAUCCUGCAGACUUAAACACACUUCAAGGAGUGUAUCCCAUAAAACCACCGCUUCCUGCUGUCGGUGGCAGUGAGGGUUUUGGACGAGUGGAGAAGGAUCAUUUGUAA